CGCGGCCGUUGGCGCUGAGGGGGUGCGCGCGGUGGGCGCGCGAGGCGGAGGGGAAGGGUGAGAGUGAGGGUCAGGGUGAAGUGACGGUGCUCGCGGAUCGGGCGCCUUCUCCUCCACAGCGGCGCGGAGCGUAACAGACAGAAGGAGUGCAGAAGCUGAAAGUAUGGAGAUGUAGUUGUUGAAGAUCCUCUUCACAAAAAGGAGGAGCUACAUGUGACAGCAGCUGCCAUUUUUUGAGGACAUGUCCCAUCUUGCCAGGUGUCUUUUUCACAUAACAGUAUAUUUUCUUCAUCACCACGACAACGCACUUCACUCCAGAAUACAGGAAUAAGGCCUAAUCCAGCAAAGGAUUUCCCAAGAUAGUGGUGGAAGAACUUAGUCAUGUACACACAGCAAAACACACAAGAGGAUUGUUAAAGAAAGUCAGCGUGAAAUAUGGAUUAGAUACAUUCCCAGACAGACAGCACAGAGGACAGGGGAGACAGGAGGAAGCGGUGAAGACACCAAAAAUCAGAUGAAAAGAGCUUCGAAGAUUCUUCUCCCCCCCAGCGGAAGUUUCUAAAGGAAGAGAUGAAAGCAGAGCGCGAAGGUUAACCUGCGAAUAGCCACACAGGACAUUGGAACUGGACAUAAGGGAUGUACUUUAGGAAAACCGCCCGGGUGCUUAAGCGGUCCCGACUGUGACAGGGCCCGAGUGCAGCGCAGCGCCUGCGGGGAGCCGAGCAUUGCUGGCACACAGAGCGGGCAGACAGACACACACACAGACAGACACACAGAGACACACGCACACACACACACACUGCUGGCACACACACACACACACACACACAGCGGGCACGGCCCGGCUGCCGGCGGCGUUUCCCGGCGGGAAUAGCGCGCGCGGAAGUGACGCGCGGGCGGGAAGCGGCGGCGGGAGCGGGGCCGGGGCUGGUGCCGGUGCCGGCCAUGAACAGCCGGCUGCAGGAGAUCCGGGAGCGGCAGAAGCUCCGCCGCCAGCUCCUGGCGCAGCAGCUGGGGGCCGAGAACGCCGACAGCAUCGGCGCCGUGCUCAACAGCAAGGAUGAGCAGCGGGAGAUCGCGGAAACCAGGGAGACCUGCAGGGCUGCUUAUGAUACCUCUGCACCAAAUGCAAAACGUAAAUAUCCAGAUGAGGGAGAAGCUGAUGAGGAAGAGAUUGAAGAAUAUAAGGAUGAAGUAGAGCUGCAGCAAGAUGAAGAAAACCUGCCCUAUGAAGAAGAGAUUUACAAAGAUUCCAGUACCUUUCUUAAGGGCACUCAGAGCUUAAAUCCACACAACGAUUACUGCCAGCACUUUGUGGAUACAGGACACAGACCCCAGAACUUCAUCAGAGAUGUUGGCUUAGCAGAUAGGUUUGAAGAAUAUCCAAAACUUAGAGAGCUCAUCAGAUUGAAGGAUGAGCUGAUAUCUAAAUCUAACACUCCUCCCAUGUAUUUGCAAGCAGACUUGGAAGCCUUUGAUAUUAGGGAAUUGAAGUCCAAAUUUGAUGUGAUUCUCCUGGAGCCACCAUUGGAGGAAUAUUACCGAGAGACUGGCAUUACUGCCAAUGAAAAAUGCUGGACCUGGGAUGAUAUCAUGAAACUGGAAAUUGAAGAAAUUGCAGCCCCAAGGUCAUUUGUGUUUCUGUGGUGUGGCUCAGGCGAGGGUCUGGAUCUCGGCCGAGUGUGUCUGCGCAAAUGGGGUUACAGAAGAUGUGAGGACAUUUGCUGGAUUAAAACAAAUAAGAACAACCCUGGCAAGACCAAGACUCUAGACCCUAAGGCUGUCUUCCAAAGAACCAAGGAGCACUGCCUCAUGGGCAUCAAGGGCACCGUGCGCCGCAGCACCGACGGCGACUUCAUCCACGCCAACGUGGACAUCGACCUCAUCAUCACCGAGGAGCCUGAGAUCGGCAACAUUGAGAAACCCGUGGAGAUUUUCCACAUCAUUGAGCAUUUCUGCCUCGGGCGACGGCGGCUUCACCUCUUUGGGAGGGACAGCACGAUUCGACCAGGUUGGCUGACGGUGGGACCCACCCUCACAAACAGCAACUUCAACGCAGAAACGUAUUCCUCGUAUUUCACGGCUCCCAAUUCCCACCUGACCGGCUGCACCGAGGAGAUCGAGAGGCUGCGGCCCAAGUCCCCGCCGCCCAAGUCCAAGUCUGACCGGGGCGGGGGAGCUCCCAGGGGAGGAGGAAGAGGAGGGACUUCGGCAGGACGGGGAGAAAGGGGCAGGGAGAGGAACAGGACCAACUUCCGCGGUGAGCGGGGCGGCUUCAGAGGGGGCCGUGGAGGGACCCAUCGAGGGGGAUUCCCAACCCGCUGAGGAGGUGACGGCUGCUUCCCCCGGCCCACGCCUCGGAAUCUUGUCUGUAGUCUUGUUUUUCCUACAGUGAAUUCCUCUGGGGACUCAAGGCAGAUGACUUUUACAAUUGUCUUGGUGCACGCCGUUGCAGACAGUCGGCCUUGCAGGUGUGGCACAGCCCCUCGCCCGGCCACGUCCUGCACAGGCAGCACUGAACUCAGAGCAGAGAGCACCAGCCCUUCACACCACGGGUAGGAUGGAAGUGACCCCCUUGCUCACCCCUUAGGAACCUUGCAAUGUGGAGACUGCUUUUUCAACUGCAUUUUCUCCUAAACACGGAUUCCUCCUCCAUCUUUGGAGGUUUGGGUUUGGACUGGAUUGCAUUAAUACGGUGGAGCGGGCACAAAAUGCAGUUCUGAAUUGCAUGGUCACAGCAGACUUGCUGUCCUAUGGAAGAAAAAGUGCUGUGUCUGUAUUGACACCUAUUUUAACUUCUCUGAAACCAAGAAGCAAAUGAAAUAAAUAGAAUUCUAUUUUUUCUUAUUUGGUUUAAACUUCCCAAAUUAUUCCUGGGAAUAGGAAAAGGUUAAUUUUUAAUUUGUGGUAUAUCUGCACUCGCCUGUGGUGUCAGUGGUGGGGAGUGUGGCAGUUCUGUGCAGCUGUGUGUCGUCCUUCCUGCAGAGCACCAAGUUGUGCAUUUCUGUACAGCCCAGAAGUUGUGCACAGGCCUGGGUUGCUCCUGGGGUGGGAAUUUUCCCCAGCGUGUGUCUGUAGCACCUUUGUUCCCCGGAGGGAGGGAGGAGCAGCAGCGUCACUGCAGAGCGAGGACUGCACACGGAGCGGUGUGAGCCUGUGGAACACGGCUGGAACUGAGCGCUGCCUCUGCCUGAGGGUGGGCACACAUUUGGGAAGGGCUGUUGCUGAUCCAGUGCAGUGUGGAAGGACACUGACCCCCUUCCCUAGGUACAAUGUCUGUUUUUAGCAGAACCACAGCUCUGAGCUUCUCGUGUGGUUCUUGGUAGGCUGAACAAACCCGGCUUUUGAUGUCUCAAGGUCUGAGGUGUGGGUUUUGGAAAAUUGGCGUUCAAGUCUCAGUGUUGCUCUCAAAACCCAGCUUUUAAAUGACUGUCCUGUAAAGUAGCAGAUUAUUAAACAUGUUUA